UUGGUAUAAUAAGUUUGACAACUGUGCGUCUCUUCGCUCAGAAAACUUAAAAAAUGUCAAGCAUAAAACGAAGUGUUAAUGUGACAAAAAAGUGGGAAAAUUGUUAAUUUAAGUUUAAAAAUCAUAGUGAAAACUCGGUUUCGAACGUUUAUAAACGAUGGAAACGACUGAAAAUUCGUCCGCGUCUGCGGAGUUAACCUCAACUUUAACUGACAGCAACGACGCUACCCAAACUUUAACCGGGGAUUCGGUCCCCAGUUCUUCCUCAGACGCAAAUUUAGGAAGCAGCUAUUCAAAAACGAUCCAAGACGACCCCAUCAGCAGCACAUCCGAUUCCGUAAGCACUUACAAUUUUAACGAUGAAAAAGAGGAUUUUUUCUCUUCAGAUUUAAAUAUCGAAAAUAUUCGCACGGAGAAGAUUAACGAGGACGUCGAAGACAUCGCCACCGACUUGGAGAAUUUAUUAGGCGAGACGAGCAACGACUAUUUGAUUCCCCUUAAUAAAAAUAAAGAAAAAGGUGUGUCCACAUCACCCACUAAUAUAGAUGGAAAUGACGAUAACAAAAUAGCCGAGAAUCAAGAGGUUGAUUCUACCAAUAAAAAAUACAUUAAAAAUGAUGAGAUUAAGGAUCAAAAAGAAUCAACAACGUUGGAUUCUACAUCGUGCUCAGAAAGUAACAUUUUAGAAAAUUCUUUAAACGAAGGAACAAAUUUAGAUGUAAAUGGUAAAAUUAUUGAUGUAAAUUUAGUUAAUGUAAGAAAUGAUGAUAAAUUAGGUGGGGAAAAAGUUGUAGGAAGUUCUGAAAAUGUUAAUUUAGAAUCGGAAGUUAAUUUAAAUGAUGCUGGGAAAGAAGAAAUUGAAAAAUCUUCUAUUGAAGAUAAAGAAUGUCCAAAAGAAGCUCAAGAAAGUCAAGAAUGUUUAAAAGAUGGUCAAGAAUGUCCUAAUGAAGUUCAAGAAUGCCCCAAUGAAGUUCAAGAAUGCUCAAAAGAAGUUCAAGAAUGUCCAAAAGAGGUUCAAGAAUGUUUAAAAGAAGUUGAAGAAGUAAAUAAAGCACAAAAUGAUGCUAAGGAAAUUAAUUUCAUACAAAAUGAGACAGAGGAAAUAGAAAAAGUAUCAGAAGAUGUUCAAGAAGUUGUUAAAGAUAAGAAAGAUGAUGAAAUUAAUGAUGUACAAGUUCAAGAAUCAGAAAAUGUUUUGUUACCGGAAAUUUCUCUUGAAUGUAAAGAGAAUGAGAUUGUUGAAAAAAAAGAUAAAAAUGAAAUUGAGGUUGAAAGUCAAAUUAAAAUGGUAGAGGAAGAAGUUGAGAUGAAGCCAGUGUUGGAAAAUAAUGAAUUGAAGGAAAUUAAUGAAAAAAAUCCAGAAACUUUAAAAAUGGAUCAGUUAAAUGAAUCUGAUGAGAAACUUGAUGAUAAUAAACAGGUUGAAAGUGAAAUAAGUCAAGAAAAUGAAUCUGACAGGAAAUUAGAUGAUAAGCAGGUUGAAAGUGAAAUAACUCAAGAAAAUGAAGCUGAGAAGAAAUUUGAUGAUAAACAGGUUGAAGAUGAAAUAAGUCAAGAAAAUGAAUCUGACAGGAAAGUUGAUGAUAAAGAGGUUGAAAGUGAAAUAAGUCAAGAAAAUGAAUCUGACAGGAAAUUUGAUGAUAAACAGGUUGAAAGUGAAAUAAGUCAAGAAAAUGAAUAUGACAGGAAACUUGAUGAUAAACAGGUUGAAAGUGAAAUAAGACAAGAAAAUGAAUCUGACAGGAAACUUGAUGAUAAACAGGUUGAAGAUGAAAUAAGACAAGAAAAUGAAUCUGACAGGAAACUUGAUGAUAAACAGAUUGAAAGUGAAAUAAGUCAAGAAAAUGAGUCUGACAAGAAACUUGAUGAUAAACAGGUAGAAAGUGAAAUAAGUCAAGAAAAUGAAAAGAUUGAAGUAGUUGUUUCAUCAGAAAGUGGAGAAGUUUCAGAAAUUGAUCAAGUUGAUGAUAAAAAAGUUGAGUUAGAGGCUGAAAUCAAACCAUGUGAGCCUUUUGAGGCAGAUUUAAUACCUUUAGAAAGUGGUGAAACUGUAACAGAGAGUUCUGAUGAUUUUAAAGAAAGUAAAAAAAUUGAGGAAGUUGAAUCAACUCAAAGUGGAGAAAUGGAUUUACAAGAAUCUGAUGUUCCAAAUGAAGUUGAUGAUAAGAUUGAAGACAAAAAGGUGGUAUUGGAAGAUGUUGCUGAAUCAGAAAAUGUUAAUGUGGAUUCUAAAUUAGUUAACAUUGAGGAAGUUUUGAUACAAAGAAAAGAUGAAGUGAAGGAAAAGGAAAAAAUGGAAGAAAAAUUGGUUGAAUCAAGUGAAAAUGUUCAAGAAAAAAUUGAAAUUGUUGAUGAAAAAAUUGUAAAUAUUAAUGAAAAAAUUGAAAAUGUUCAAGAAAUGGAAGUUGAGAAUGUAUCAGAAGUAAUUAAUGAGACAAUUCAGUCCAAAAAUGUUAACAAUGAUGAGAAUUUGUUGAUUAAAACGGUAAAUGAAGAUGAAAAAAGUGAAAAGAUGACAAUAACAAGUAUUAUUGAAGAAGCUAUUCAGGAAGAAAUGGAUAAAGUCGAAAUUGUAAGCAUCCCAGAAAUAGUUGAAACCGAAAAUCCUCAAAAUGAGAUCAAAAUUCCUGAUGAAUCUCAAAGUUUAGUAUGUACCAUUGAAAAUACUGAGGUAAAUGAUCAAACAACCUCUGAAGCUGUUCCAGAAAAUAUUAAUAUUGAACAAGAAAUAAUUAAAGAGGAAGAAAAAGUAAUUGAAGUACCUCAAAUACUAGAAGAAACUGAUUUAAAACUGGUUGAUGAACAGAAAGAAAGUGAUAAAGUUGAAACUGAAAGUUUGACACAAAAAGACCUUGCAUUGAAGGAAAAUAAAAUAGAAAUUGUUGAAGAAAAAGAAUUAGAUACUAAAAAUUUCCAAGAGAAAAUUGAAUCAGAAGAAAUUAUUGAAUUAAAUAAUUCCGAAAACGUUGAAUCUUCUCAAAUAUGUGAUGAAAAUCAAAGACAAGAAGAUACUUUAACGAUUCAAGAUAAUGAAAUUCCAACGAAAUCAGAUGAUUCUGAUUUAAAACAAGAUGAAUCGUAUAAUACACAAUCUGAAAUAGUCCAAGAAAAAAUUAAGUCGAUUUCAGUGAUUCCAGAUUCUUUAGAUGAGGGGAAUAUAGCUGCUUUAGCGAUUUGUGAGCCAUCGAAUAUGGAAUAUUAUCACAUUGAUUUGACUCAAACUGAUAAUAAAUCAGUUGUGGAUACCCCAGUUAUUGAAUAUGAGAAAGAUAUUGAGUCAGUUCAUGUUGAGGAGAGAAUUAGAUAUCCAACAGCUGAUGAUACUGAGGUGAUCGCAACGGCAGCUGCUUUAACAGCGAAUCAAACUCAAAGUGAUGAAAUGAAAAUUGAGGUUAAUAAAGAUGUAAAUAAAGAUAAUUUAGAAAUAUUAGAUAUUGAAGAAGAGAAUGUUGUAGUGCAACAUAUAAUUGAGACGACGAAGAUAAAUAAAUCGUCGCGAAAUAAAUCAAUGAUCGAACAAGAAUCGCAAAAAUCAAAUUUGCUUCCUCAAAUAUCAUCGCAAUCUUGUUCACAAAUUCAACCUUUGGUGAUUGAUGUUGAGUCACCUGUAAUUGAGGGUAAAGAGGAGGAAGUUUUAACCCCUCAAUAUAGUUCUAAAAUGUCAACGAAAGAAGUGUUAAAACUCACAAUAACAAAACAUAAGAUUGAUAGUCCUAAAGAAGAAGAUUCGAUUUUGAAAAUAUACGACCCGAAAGAUCAAAAAAGUCAAAAAAAAGAUGUGAUUCCCAAGUUGAUAAUAAAACCCGUUCGCCCACAAAGCCCCCAAAUUGACGAGCAAGAACAAUCGAUUCCAAAAUUAUUAAUUAGAAAUAUGAGUCCAAAUCGACCGUGUAGCCCAAAAGUUAAACAUCAAAAAAUCGAAACCUCCUCAUCGUCAUCGUCACUUAAAGUCACGAUUAAACCGGUUGUUAAAACGAUCAAAAACGACGAGGAGAAUUUUACCCCUAAAAUAACGAUAAAACCGAUUGUUAAACCUGAAGAUGAACCUAAAAUUAGUCCAAGAAUUACAAUAAAACCUUUAAUUCGACCGGAUGAUGAUUCAAAAGAUUACAAGGAUUAUAAAGAUUACAAAGAUUUGAAAGAUUUAAAAGAUGAUGAUCGUUCUCAUAGUCCCAGAAUUACAAUAAAACCAAUUAAAGGGGAUGAUGGGAAAAUGUUAAAUGAAGAAAUGGUGCAUAGCCCAAGAAUUACAAUAAAGCCGAUUAAACCCCCUGAUGAUGAAGAAUGUUCCCCUAAGAUCACCAUAAAACCUUUAAUAAAACCCCAAGAAGAAGAUCGGCACGAAAAAAAAGAAGGGAGUCCUAAAAUUAAAAUUAAACCGAUUGUAAAACCGGUUGAUGAAACGUUAGAAUCAAUCGAUUUCGAGGAUCAAAUAAAACAAGAACGAAUUGUUUUAAAAAUUAACACUAAAGAGAGUCGAAAAAGAGAAGCUAGCGAAGAAAUUGAAAAAUUGGCGAAAAUAAAAUUAAAAUUUUCUAAAGAAGGGGGUCACGCCCAUAUAGUUUCCGAUCAAAAAUUAAAGAGGGGGUCGGAACAAUCACAUGACAGCGAAACUAAGCGUGCUAAAAUUGAUUUGAUUGAUUUGCCGAGUUUUAGUGAAAAAGAAAUCGAAGUCAAAGAUAACACAUCAAUCGUUGAAGACCCGAUCGAUGCGAUUCCCACCUUUCAAAUUAACACCCAAUCCCAACAAAAACAAAACUUGCAACCGCAAGUUCAAAGUCAAAUUGUUGCGAUUCCGCCGGUUGUUGUGCCGCCGCCGCCUCGAAAACGAGGACGACCCAGAAAAAUUCCGCUGGUUGUUCGGGAAGAAUUUAAAGAUCCGAAAGAUGAAGAAACGGAAGUGACGACGCCGGUCGUUGAAGAUACCGGAAGGCCUAAACGUAGUUGUAGGGGGCCGUCCGUUUGUACGACGCUCGGGAUCAAACCGAGAAAACCUCGCGGAGGUGGAGCUGGGACGAGAGGCAGGGGAAGAGGUAGGGGCUCGAGAGGAGGCUCUAGAGGUGGGAAUAGGCAGCAAAGAGUGUCGACGAGAUCAAAGCUGCUGCUCGAAGAAGAAAUCGUCGAGACAUCCGAUUACAGGCGACUGGCUGUGGACGAAAUUAUCGAAAUACCGGACGAUGAUCCGAAAGAAGAAGAGCACCCUCCUCAACCCUUGCCUCCAACGCAUCAUCAUCAUCAUCGAGAAGUAAUUGAGUCACCUCCUGGCGUUGACGAUACCGGCAAUACAGAAAGUGUGACCGGUGAGAAAAUUUCUUCAGAUGGCGGCAGCGAUGUUGUACUCAUUGAGGAAGAAACGAGGAUGAGUGCUGAUAUUCAUUCCAGUAGGGCUCAUACACCAGCUAAAGUUCUUGCUGUUGCUGAUAUCGAUGAUACCCAAAGUUCCGUUCAAAGCACUGCAACUACCGAAAGUGUUAAAGUACGAAAAGGUAGCCGGCUUGAAGUUCACCCGGAACAAGAUGACAUCAUAUCCCCUGAUCAACUUGCUGAAUAUUAUUGGAGCGGAUCCGGGCCUUACAUGAUCCAGGAACAAGUCGCCCAAUUUUUAGGGAUAAAAUCUUUUAAACGAAAAUAUCCAGGUAUUCAAAGAAGACCUGUUGAUAUGCAAGAAAGGGAUUUUAUAAGGGAAAGUUGUUUAGCUUCGGAAGCAAUGUGCGAUAUGGGAUUAACAGCUGUGGCGAGUGCGGAUAUUUUAGAUAUUAUGUACUCAGAUUUUCAGCCAAAAUACGAGGAGUAUUGUAAACAUCAGCGUGAUCGACACACUAAAGACAUCAUCAAUAAACAAAAAGCGCUUAAUUUAGUUGUAAGCCAAGAGAAGAGUAAACACGAUUUAACCCAACAAGCGAUGCAAUCGGCUGCGUCUUGGAACCUGUCGUUUAAUCGUACAAGAAAGGAGGAUCGUAAAGCUUGUAUGGAUUUGCAAACUUUUACUAUUAAUUAUCCGAAAGGGAGAUUUAAAGUUUUGGAUAAAGGAAAAGUUGGGAGUUAUCCAAUCGCUUUGGUUCCUGGGCAAUACACCGAUCAUUAUAAAGAGUAUUCUCCAAAUGAAAUAUAUAAUUUACCAUUAAAUACAAUGAUGAAUCAAACUUUAUCGAUUGUUCGUGAUGAUGAUGACAGCCAAUCGGAUGGUUCAGGUUCAGAUUCAGAUACGACGAGUUCCGAUUCGGAUAGUUCCAGUUCGGAUUCAUCGGAUGAAGAUUGUAAUUUAUGCACGAAUCAAAUGGGUCCUCGGAAAGUGAGUGCGAAUUAAUUAAAAAAAAAAUAAGAAAUUCUCAAAGUGAGCCGAAACAAGUAUGUACAGUAUUAUUUUUAAUUAUUAAUCUCUUAAUGCACAUCUUUGGGACCUUCGCCGGCCGUAAAUAAGUGCGUGAAGUGGUUGAAUAUUUUUUUUUAUUUUCGAUGAAAAUAAUUAUUUGCUGCAAUGUAAUCUCGGUAGGUGUAAAACUUAAAGCUUUAUCUAAUGAUUAUGAUUAGUUGAUUUAGGAGGAUAAGUGCUUUUUUUACGCGAGGUUGUAUAUAAAUUAACAAAUAGUGUCAGGUAAUAAAAAAUAGAAUUUAAGUUAAAACAUAAACAUAGAGGUUGACUGUAUUUUUUAUGUACUCUGAUCUUGGGGUUAUGUUUAAGGAAUUUCAUUAAUGGAAUAGUUUUGGAUUAAAACUUUAUAUUAUUGCGUUGAUUUUGUAAUAAAAUGUAUUCUUAUUCGUAAAUGAAA